AUGGCCGAUAGUAUCAUUGAUUUCGUGCUCGUCGCCCUCAUUUUAGCCGUCCUCGCCGUCGCCACACUCGUUUUACUGUUAAUGGUACGGUUUUUGUGAAAAAAUGGCAAUUUGACGCAAUUUCGGUGUUUGUACGGACAUUUUUCGAGCGAUUUUCGCUAUUUUGGAGUUGUACAUACGGCAGCUCACAAUUUGCUCAGAAAUCCGUCCGAAAUCGGGUGUUUUUUGGGCCGAAAACGGUGAAAAUUGUGAGCUACCGUAUCCCGCCUCAAAUUUAAAGGCGCAGCACACAUCGAAAAGUUUCCGCCGCACAUUCCGGCGAAUGCGGCGAAACAAAACAGUGUCUAAAAACGUCGAAAAACCGAAACAGCCACCGAAACACGACAUUCGUGAUUACAGUACUCGACACGAGUGCGCCGUCCGUUCCAAAAGUGUCUCGGCAGGGCGGCGACGAAAACCGAGGACCUGGAGACGGGAAUCGCACCGAAACGGACCACAAUUCGAGUGGUCAAGUCGCUGCCCAACCAAUUGCCGUCCGCGCAACCGAAAACGCCGACCGCAUUUGUGAAACCGCCCGUCAGGCGGUCAGUUAUCGAUUUUUUUUUUCCCAGAAAUUUUCAAAAUUUUUUUUAAUUUAGAGUGCUCACAAACCCGCCGCCGGACGACAUUUCGAGCAUUCCGUCGUCGAAAUUCCUGUUCAUUUACCCGAAAAAACCGAAUUUUCAGGUCAGUUUCGCGGGUACGGUAGGCGCCAAAGUUUGCGCGUAAAAUACGACGCAUGCGCCGCCGAUUAUCGAUUUUUGCAGUGCGAACAGUCGACGUUGCAUAGUGGAUCCACGAAAAGUUCGUAUUUGCCGAAUCGAAGGAAUUCGCGGUGA